AUGAAGUACAUACUGUUUGUCACCUUUGUUGGAGUGGCUGUUGCCUUUCCCAUCGAUGCUGCCGCUGAUGAUGAUGAUGACAAGAUUGUGGGAGGCUACACCUGUGCAGUGAACUCUGUCCCCUAUCAGGUGUCCCUGAAUUCUGGGUAUCACUUCUGUGGAGGUUCCCUCAUCAACAGCCAGUGGGUAGUGUCAGCUGCUCACUGCUACAAGUCUCGCAUCCAAGUGCAGCUCGGGAAACAUAACCUGGCACUCACAGAAUCAUCACAGCAGUUGAUUAGUUCAGCUGAAGUAAUCCGCCACCCUCGCUACAGCUCCAGAACACUGGACAAUGACAUUAUGCUCAUCAAACUUGCCAAACCAGCCCAGCUCAACCGCGCUGUCCAAACCAUUCCUCUGCCUACCAGCUGCGUGGCCACAGGCACCACAUGCCUAAUCUCUGGCUGGGGCAACACAGUCAGCAAUGGCAAUGCAUAUCCAGACAAGUUGCAGUGCCUGAAGGCUCCUGUACUCUCCUCAAGCGUGUGCACUAAAGCCUACCCUGGGGAAAUUACCAAGAACAUGAUGUGUGUAGGAUUCGUGGAGGGAGGAAAAGACUCCUGCCAGGGGGAUUCCGGUGGUCCAGUAGUCUGCAAUGGGCAGCUCCAGGGCAUUGUUUCCUGGGGUAUUGGAUGUGCACAGAAAGGCUAUCCCGGGGUUUACACUAAGGUUUGCAAUUAUGUCUCCUGGAUCAAAGCAACUAUGUCUGCCAACUAA